AUGGCCAAUCUUGCAUCUUUCAGACCGCCAACCAUCCAAAACGAGCCGAAUAAACACUAUGCUAAAGGCUCCCCAGACCGGGAGAAGCUCCAAAAUGCCCUACAAGCAUUUAAAAACAAAGCCCCUUUACAGGUUCCUCUCAUGAUCGGUGGGAAAGCUAUCAAAACAACAUCCAUCGAGACUCAGCACAGCCCCUCGGAUCAUACCCAGGUAGUGGCAAACUACCAUAAUGCCACCGAGGAAGACGUCAAAGCCGCAAUUGACUCUGCUUUGGGAGCAAAAAAGGCCUGGGAGGGUCUUCCGUUUGCUGAUCGCGCUGCCGUCUUUCUGAAGGCUGCAGAUUUGGUUAGCGGCAAAUACCGAUAUGAGAUAAUGGCAGCAACAAUGGUUGGCCAGGGAAAAAAUGCGUGGCAAGCCGAAAUUGAUGCCGCUGCGGAGCUUUGUGACUUCUUCAGAUUCAAUGUGCACUAUGCGUCUGAACUUUACACUCAACAACCUGUUCACAAUGCUGCUGGUGUUUGGAAUCGAGUAGAAUACCGUCCACUGGAGGGAUUUGUCUAUGCUAUCUCUCCGUUUAAUUUCACCGCUAUUGGUGGGAACUUACCCGCAGCCCCAGCUUUGAUGGGGAACACUGUCGUCUGGAAACCGUCACCCUAUGCUAUCGCAGCCAAUUACUUAACCUACUGCAUCCUUGUCGAAGCUGGGCUCCCUCCAGGAGUGAUUCAAUUCGUUCCAGGCGACGCCGAAAUGGUCACCCGAACCAUUCUCGGUCAUUCAGAAUUUGCCGCGUUGCAUUUCACAGGCAGCACCGCCGUUUUUCGAUCGCUCUAUGGUAAAAUUGCUCAGGGUGUUGCAGAGGGGAAGUACAAGGGUUAUCCCCGUAUUGUUGGUGAGACUGGUGGCAAGAAUUUUCAUCUUAUCCACCGCAGCGCCGAUAUCUCUAAUGCAGUUGCAAACACUAUUCGUGGUGCAUUUGAGUUCCAAGGCCAGAAAUGUAGCGCUUGCUCUCGCGCUUACGUCCCUGCUUCCAUGUGGGACGAAUUCCGCACUCGACUUGUUUCGGAGAUGGAGAGGCUCAAGAUUGGGGACCCGGAAGACUUCACUAACUUCUUCGGCCCAGUCAUUCACGAACAUUCUUUCGCCAAACUCUCAAAGGUCAUCGAGGAUGCGAAAUCUGAUAAUUCCCUAACUCUAAUUGCUGGUGGCAAGUACGACAAAUCCAAAGGCUAUUUUAUCCACCCAACCAUCUACUCAACGACAGAUAUCAACCACCACCUCCUCUCCACCGAGCUAUUUGGCCCCAUCCUUGCCAUUGUCAUCUAUGAUGAUUCGGCGCCCAACUCUUUUCAGUCUAUCUGCAAAACAAUUGAUAGCACUGGUGAAUACGGCUUAACAGGUGCUGUCUUUGCUCAGGAGCGUGAAGCGAUCUUCUAUGCCGAAAAUGCUAUGCGCGCUACGGCUGGAAAUUUCUAUAUAAACUGCAAAUGUACUGGUGCUGUUGUGGGCCAACAGCCUUUUGGCGGUUCAAGAGCCUCUGGCACAAACGACAAAGCUGGCAGCCAAGCUCUUCUCAACAGAUUUGUGAGUAUGAGAUCUAUCAAAGAGGAAUUUGUUGCCAUUGAUUAUGUACUAUAUCCCAGCAAUGACUAA